GUUUCUGCGAGUAGGAUUGACCAAAAUUCAAUGGUAAUGCUCAUUUGUCUCAUAGAGAUCUACGCUUUUGCAUCUGUACCCACGUUUAACAGUUUGUUUUUCAUUUUUCACGCGAAAUAGACGUCUUCCACGAACGAGUUUUUUCUGACCGCAUUUUUCACUGACGACAAUUUUUUUAAUAUAAGUCUUAAAAGGCUUAACAUUUUAAAAAGGCAUGUAAAAAUUACGUUUUUAAGACUUGAGUUGUUGCAUUACUUCGAUUUUAAUUUUUAUCUUCUAAAAUAUCUGCAUUUUAAAUUUCAUAAAAAUCCGUUGACAAAUAUCUGAGAUAUCAGGCUCGAAAGUCUUAGCUGAGACACCCUGUAUAAACAAGUAAAAGAUUGAUUUUUUUAUAAAUUUUUUUCCUUAGCAAUCGUAUUAGUUGUUAACACAACCGUGUUAAUUGUUUACUAUUGAGUUUGCUUGUUUAUCCAAUGAUUUAUAGACCAAAAAAUAUAUAACACUUUAAACUCAGUUAAAUGUCUUCUAUCAUCAUUCGUCACCCAAGAAAUGGUCCGAGACUUAAAUUAUCUUGUAGAAAUUCUAGUCUACAGGGGAUAAAUUGAUGUGCUUACUUAAAUCUCCAACAGGAAAAUAUAGCAAUAAAGCCCGCCAAAUUGAAAAAUGUUUUAUCGGAAAAUUAGCGAUACGGGAUUAUUUUGUGAUAAAUAUUAACUAAUUAACAUCUGCCAACUAAUGUAAAUAGUUAGUUUAUCUUUAAGCUCGCUUGUCUAUUUUGUUUUUGUCAUUCGCUCUUCACGCAGAAAUCAAAUGGCCAAUUUAAAAAAAACUCUUGAUUUUCAAGUGCUACAGAAAGGACAGGAUUUUAGAAAACUUCGCCUCAAACAGUGGUUUUCCAAAUGGGACCGAACAAUUGCUGCUAUUACAGCAAUUAUAAUGUUUUUCAUGUUAUUGAGCUUCGUUAUAGUGAACAUUGAAAACGACAAAGAAAAUUUGUUUCCUAAAAUCAGUGGAGCAAAACGUGACAUUUUAAACACUUAUGCAGUUAAACUUUCAAAUCAUGGUCCAGAAAUAUGCACUGUUUCAGAAAGUACUAAAGUAACAUGUGCAUCUAUAAAUAGUGAAAAACUAGUAGAGGACAUAAAUAAGACCAUGGAAGGAAAACCAAUUAAAAAUUAUCAAGACUUAAACCUGGUAGAAAUCACCUUCAAAAAUAACAAGAUCGAAAAGGGUUGGUUGGAAGGAAUCAUUUUAAAUAUAGUCACACUGACUCUAAUAAACUGUCAGUUAUCUGAAUUAGGGGAUAAAUCAUUCAGCGGUGAUGUUUUUAAGAAUUUAAAAACGUUAACAAUUAGCGAUACCAGAAUUAACACAUUUAGAAGAAACAUUUUCGAAGAAUCACAAAUAACCACAUUACAAAUCAACUAUGGGACCAUGAUGGGAUCAUCGUUUGAAGAAAAUGCAUUUGGAGCUUUGGAACAAACACUUAAUACACUUCAACUGCAAGGAUGUUUGAGUCAUAAUGUUUUGCUUAAUAUAACAGGUCCUCAAACUUCACUAACCUCUUUAAGCGUUUUGGAUCUGCGGAAUAAUAAUUUAGGAAAAAUACAAACUUCCAGUUUUUCGAAAAUGACAAAGCUGAGGCAAUUAUACAUGUCAGACUCAAGCAUAACAGAAAUAGAACCUGAAGUUUUUGCUUCGCUAAAUUUAGAGCAGCUAGAUUUAAGAAACAAUGAAUUGAAAACUUUGCCAGACCAUACUUUUGAUAAUGUGAAAAGUGGAAUUUCAAUUGACUAUAACCCCUGGAACUGCGACUGUGAUUUAGUAUGGUUAAGAGAUUUCUUUGAAAGCCACUCUAGUUGUUUUACCGAUCUUUUGUAUUGUUCUACUCCCGAAGGGCCCAAGUCUUAUAAAGAGGUUGAUUUUUGCUCUGAUACGAAUUCUAGUACAUCAACAGAGAUUAGUACAACCGACAUAACUGAUAUAAGUACAAUAUCAGAACUAACAACUACUCCACUUACGCCCGCAACACAAAAAGUAUUAUGUAAUGAGGGAAAUAGCCCUCGUGGUUUAGAUCCUGUAGAACCCAUAGAUGAUUAUCAGAUUUUGGUUCGCAAGGGACGAGUUAGGAUGCAGCUGACACAUACUGCAGAUCAAUACAGAACAUAUACUUUAACAGUCCGAGGUAAUCUAAGCAAUUCAUCGUUACUUUGGAGCAACCCAUCUAGCAUUUGGUGUUUAAAACAUAUCAUAGGUAAUGGAUCCCAAUAUGAAAUCGAGCUCGAAAACGAGGAAACUUACUUGUUCUGUUUUUUGGAACCUUUUCAAGAUACAGCCUCACCUGAUGAUUGUGGUGCUGUAACCACUCCACCUGCGUUAGGAAACCGAGCCUGGAUCACAAAUAAAUUUAAAAUACCGUUAAUUUUUGCUGUUGGUGGAUCGCUACUUGCUGCUGUUUUGAUAAGUGGGAUAGUAGUGUUCUAUUGCAUACGACAACAUCCUAAUCUGAUCAAAGGAAAUAAACGUGUGAUAAUGGUGGAGAGUCAAGCUGCAGAUGCGAUAAUCAUGCCAAAAACGUACGAUGAAGUUAAUUAUAGACCACCGUCAUUGAACAGUUAUAGUAAUGGUUAUCUAACGCCAAAAUACAAUUGGGUUUAUAAACAAAGAAUUGUUCCACAACACGUGAGAACAAUUUCAGAACAUACUGCGUUUGUUAUACCAUCAGAAAGUUGUAGGAAAGGACAUUAUAGAAGAAGGACACGUGUAGAACAUGUUACGCAAUCUUUUGAUGAUCAUGUGUAUGAACCUCCACCACCAUUACCACCUAAUCAUCCCUCCGAAAUUAUAAAUUUUGACUGCGUUAGUCAAAGUUCUAGCAAAGUAUGAAAUUCACAAUAAUUGAUAACUUCCACAUUAAUCAAAUAAAUAAAUGUAUUUUUCUACUA